AUGUCUGAGGCACCGCAUCUCGAGCUCAGCAACACCAACCUGCCAGACCUGGACCCAUCUGCACCUUCCAACGCAGACAGCUAUACCAACGGCAGCUCAAAUCCGGAGAGUGCCCAGAACGGGUCCAGCUUCCUGGAGGCAGCGCAAUCCGCAAUGGCUUCAGUUGCAAACCACCCCGCUGCUCAGAAUCUCAGGAAUGGUGAGGUAUGUCCUGUUGCACAGAAUGUCAAGGCAGAGACUGCGAAGACGAAGAGCGAAUUUGCUGAUCUUGCAAAUGCUCGAACCACCCCGAACCAGCCAGCGGCAACUGGUCAGCCCUUAACACACUACCAUAGCAUGUUCUACCGUCUGCUUAGUUGGAAAAACCCCCGCGCUACCGCCAUUUCCUUUGCGCUUUCGGUUCUCUUCAUCUUCGCCGCGAGGUACCUCAAUGUUGUUCGCUACAUCUUCAAGGCUAUCUACAUGAUACUGGGUGCAACUGCCACGGCAGAAAUUGCUGGAAAGCUCGCCUUUGGCAGGGGAUUCACCUCCCAGUUCCGGCCACGGAAGUACUUCAUCAUCCCGAAAGCCUCCCUCGAGCGCCUCUUGGAUGAUGUCGAGCAGUUCAUCAACUUCUUCGUCAUCGAAUCCCAGCGGAUUCUCUUCGCCGAGAACGUCUAUGCAACCGUUUCUGCCUUCUUCGCCUCGCUGAUGUCCUACUUCCUGAUUAAAUUCGUUCCUCUCUGGGGCCUGACCCUGAUCGCCACCACCGUUGCGUAUCUUGGUCCACUCGUGUACAUCAAGAACAAGAAGGUCAUCGAUGCUCACCUUGAGCAGGCUGGACACAUGGUGAAUCAGCAGGCUACUCAGAUCAAGGACAUGGCCGCCCAGCAUACCGGAAAUGCCGCCAAGACUUUCCAGUCCUACGCAGGCGAGUACACACAUAAGGCGCAGGAUGCCAUCAACCAGUAUCGUGGCCGCUCUGCUUCCCCAGAGGUCAAGAGGGACUUCCCUGUGGUUCCUAAGCACGAGCCUGUGACUGAGAAGGGUGGACCAGUUCCUGAGCCUGCUUCUUAA